AUGUGGAAUCAGUCCUUCACUUCCGCGCCCGCCGUCAGCAUUGGUGGUGGUAGUGGUAAUGCUACCAGUGGUGUGGCGCAUCCGUCCGGCUCGUUUGCGUCGCAUGCGCGCUCCAACAGCUUGGCAGCAAGUCCAUCGGCUCAUCGUAGAGUCAGUGGCAUCGCACAAGGACAGCUCGCUUCCUCACCUUCCGCCAAUCCUCCCUUUUCACGUCCGUUUGCCAACACGGCCUUCCCUGGUACCGUGGUGGCCCCUCGUUCCACAGCAGCUUCCAACACAGCGUCGGCACCCACAAGGUCUUUGCAGCGCCUCCCACUCCUCACCUCGCAGACUCCUACGUCUAUCGCCAAGCUUGCAUUCCCUGCGCAUACCACCGUCUUUUGGCAUCGUCUCCACAAGAACAACGCUCGCCUUGCCCCCCAGCUAGACCCCGACUAUCAACGCGUAGACGCAUCUACCUCCACCGCUGCUUCAUCAGCCAACACUUCUCAAGGCUCACAGAACGCUUGGAAUACUGCCGUCCAGCACAUUAUCACCACUUGCAAACAGUCGCGCAUCCAACCACCUGUCACAGAAGAGCCACAACAUCAUCUGACGCCAUUCCAGCUUUUGCUCAAGGACGUCUUGUUCUACACGAGCUCCCGACAUUCUUCACCGACCGGCGAUACGCAUACGCAUCUGAUCGCUCCUGUGUCGCAUGCAGACUUGUGGCUCUUUGUGGUCGUCACGGACCAAGAAGAGAUCAAAGCUAGCACUUCGGCGUCAUCAGCCGGCGCCAGCGACACCAAUGCCACAGGCGCUGCAGCCGCGAACCAAGAGGGCACGUCUCCGCUGCAUCCCACGCUCGUCCGCCGUCUCCCAGCAAACCUGGUCAAAUCGCUCCAACGCCUUUCUGAAUGCGCUAUCACCAGCUCAGGCUCCUACCCACUUCCAGUCGCAGCACCCAACUGCAUCGACCUCAAGGGAAAACGAUCCUCGUUGACCCAAGACCAGCGUCAAGCACACAGGCGCUUCAUGGCAUCUGUCAAAGCCAAACUCGUCGAUGCUUUGGCUGCGUCGCAAUCGACAUCCACUAAUCCAACACAAUCUCACGCCAUGCCCAGGCGAGCUCGGCUUCGCCUAGGACGGGGUGUCGUCUUUUUACCACCCCGCCCAUCAGACUCGUCUUCCAUCGCACUAUCGGAUGCAGCUUGGUUCGCCGCGCCAAAACAGUCUAUCUCGUUCGACGGCCGCGUCGAAUCUGACUGCCUCAUGACUCGAUUCACCACUUUGCUCACGACCACUUCACUCUUUGUGUACGCUCAUUCUCGCCGAUUCGGUGCACUUCCAUUGACCGACUCCCGAUAUGCCACCUUUCUCCCCUCGCUGCCUUCAUCAUCAGCGUCUCCAACAAUGCUCAUAGCUCCUCUGGGUUAUCAUGUCGAGCUUUUAGGUAUCGUGCCAACAAGCAGUGUCGCCGAGGAGCACCUUUCCGAGCUAUACUCCAGGCUUGCAACGCUCAGCGCUGGUCCCAUCGACGACACACGCGACAUAUCGUCCCUUUUUGCAUCGGGACUCGCAAUUUGUGCGCUUCCUCGCUCCAUCCAGCGAUUGCAUGACCAACAGCCGCGUCUGCCAGAUCCGCUCCCGAAUGAGCCUGAUAUCGCAUCUUCGCAAGCAGAGGCAACAGACGAGGUCAUGACCCCUCCUGUUGCCGCUCAAGGUCAUGAACAAGCACGCAAAGGGUCAUCGCAGUUCGGUCCAGAGUCCCGUCACUUCCUGUGGCCUGCUGCUUGGUGCCUUGUCGUACCAGAUCAGUCCCGUACGCUCGCACGCGCCGCUGCGCCUGAUGACCUGCAAAACUUGCAAAGCCAACCCAUGACUCCGCUCAAGGAACUCGUCUCUUUUACGCUGAAAGUGCUCAACGACGCCAACGAGUCAUCUCCUGUACAGAACGCAAGCGCUUACACGCCUGGCGAGCCAGACGAUGCCUCUCUUGCACAGCAUCGUGUCGACCUCAUCCCCUCAACGCGUCCCGACAUCACCCCGGCCAGCAUCUCGUUCCCUGACUUUGACUUUGCCAUGCCCACCGUCGCUUCGGCCACUUCCUCGCAGGCCCUGCCCCCUGCUGGCCAUUCCGUGGCGGCCACAUCCCCACUGAAGCGCGAACCGACCAACACGGAGCCUAUGCCGGGCGCAAGCACCACAGAGGCUUUCGCACAGGACCUCAACUGGAUGCAGUUCUUGCCCUCCCAGAUCAACGAGGCGCCCGCGUCAGCAUCAGCCUCGGCUCUAGCAGACCAAAGCAACCUAACCAGCUCAUCGGCCCCGGGCGCUGUCGAUGCAAGCACUCAGGGGCCUGGCGGUACACAGAACCCGCAGCUUGAUCAGUCAGGUACCAACUGGCUACUCUCCACUGGUUCUGCGUCAGCUCCGCUCGAAGGUGGAGCAGAUGCUGCCACUGCCACUGCUGCAGCUGCUCCUGCUCAAGCUCCGAACCUCGGCGUGCCACCAUCGCUCUUGCAGCCACACAGCGCGAUGCAUUCCCACGGUGCGACACCACUGCAGCAGAUGGACAAUACGCCGCUUGCCUUGACACAGCCUACAUCGACGAAGCGCAAAGCUGGCGAAGGCGACAUCUUUGACAACUUAGGGCUGCUGACCGACGAUGACUUUUCUUUCUUCGACGAGUCUGCCUUUGGCCUCCAUCCCGAAGCAGGUUUGCCGCCGCACCACGUCAAUCAGCCUGCUGAAGCCGCUCAACUGGCACCAUCUCACGACCUUGACUACGACCAGCGUCUCAUGUCAGAAGGCAACGGCCCAGGGGUAAAAGCCACGUCGUCGGCAAUCGUCGACCCGCAGCCUGCCACGUCUUCUGCUUCGAUCGUAGAUGACGUCGCCAUGGACGACGCCGGACAGAGCAGUCUAGAUGCGCUUUUCAGCGCCAUUCCGGGUCUUCAGCACGCCAUGGCUUCAGCCGAUUUGUCACAGGCUCAGAGCACGGCUCCGCAGGCCACAGCGUUGUCUGCCGCACCAAUGCAACCCGCUCAACUUCGAACAGGAGCCAGCACUGCACCAGAGACGGCCGCAGCGACCGCCGGCUCGAUGCAUGCUUUCCAUCCAGCCAUGAAUUCCUUUACGCCGCGUGAUGCUUCGGUAGCUACGCCGUUUGGCGAUCCGGCCUCUUUGCCUGGCUUCACCCCCAGCUCACUCACCGAGAGCUCACCGACCUUUGGCAAUCCACAGUACAAGACGCCGAGAACGCCGUACUCUCCUAUCGAGGAAUAUCGGGAUGGCGCCACCAUUGUCGACUUGCAGAACGACCGUCGUAUGCGCGAGUCGGCCCAGGCUUCCCGAGAGCGCAACGCCACUUCUGCACCGCAUCUUUACGCAUCCAGCCAGCAUCCGGUAUUGAAGCGGGGAGCCGAGGACCAGCUGCGCCUAGCGGAUGUCAGCACAGCAGCCGCGGCCGCAGCAGCGCACGCAGCUAUGGACAUGGAUCUUUCGAACCGAAAGCGGCCAGCCAUCGUUCCCAACGCUUUUCUGCCGUUGCCUCAGACAGAAACACGCAAGCCGCUACAAAGGCUUGCUAUCGGUGCUCGUGCCAACCUCGGGCGCAAGUAUGACUUGCUGGGUAAGUUUGCGUCUAGGCCCAAACCUGCUACGAUCACCAAUUCAGCAUCAAACGCAAACAACGUGCCAUUGCCAGAGCGCCGUUUGUCGGGCGACGCAAGCAGGGCGGGUGGCCGAGCAGACAAAGAGGGCGCUGCAGAGUCGGCUCAGUUCGACAAACAGUCGCUGACAUCUCAUUCGCGGCCAAGGGCGACGAGGCGGUUGCCGUCCAGGACGCCAUCGGGUCGUGGGUUGGCGCUGCUACAGCUACAUCGAGACCGGCAGACCAAGGCUUCUCCUGGAUCUGUGCUUACCGCUCUUCGUCAUCCGAGCUCGUCACGAACGCUAGAAGCUCCGGCGACGCCGAGGUCAAGCGACGAUUUGGCGCGGUCUGGAGCCGUCAGUGCGUCCGAGAGCGAUGCUUCAAGCAGCGAUGGCAACGACGACAGCGAUGACGCGCGCAGUGACACAGAGGCAACUGCGUUGACACUGUCUCCCGCAGAUCAGGCGACGCUGAAGGCCUCAUCUCUUGAGGUCAUCUCCACCUACCUCUGCGGCGCAACGAGUCUGUCGAAACCGCCGUGGUCUCCGGCUGUCAGCGGGCCGAUCGAUGAGGCUAGCGACGACGUAUCGUUACCGAGACAAUCCGUCCAGCCACCUGGGUUGCACUUGUGUACUGUGCCUCGAGACUCUUACACGGACUCAUCAGCAAUCCAGCGAAGGCCAACAAUGAGGCGAUCGACGCUGUCUAGAACGGCCGAGUGGCUGAUCCAGAAUCCGCAAUUUCGCUCGAUGUACGGCUUCGGCAUGGCGAGCAUCACGACGGGGACAGACGUAGCUGUUGGCGACAAGAUUGAGGUGCUUGAAGCUAUGGCAUCAGUCCUCAGCAUCGCACCUGCUUCCGAGGGGUCCAAGCAACCAUCCGACACUGACAUGGACAGCGCAGCCGCUGGCAAUGAAGCUCAGUCAGCACUUCCAACGCUCAAGUACCUCGUCAAGGUGACUGGAAGGGCUACCGGUGAAGUUGCUGCUGCUGCUUGUGCUGCCGACGCCGAUAGUGGCUUGGAGAUUGCCGAGGUGCUCGAGCCAAGUCGAAUCGCCGUCGGCUGCCAAGGCUCGGUAGUGGAAGCACUGCCGUCAGCGCUCACGCUGUGGGACAAGUCGAAACUGUCGGCGGUCAGUGGACAGAAGCAUGUGGUUGCCAAAGUGCUGCUUACAGAUGCUUCGCCAGCAUGGCACGAAGAGAUUGUCGCUUGGCUGGACCGUGUCCGCAUUGCCUUCGAGACGCACGGUCUUGGCACGCACAUUGGUAAUGCACAAUCGAUCCUUGCCAUCGCAGACGGGUCGGAAACGUUGGCACUGUCGAGCUAUCUGGAGCAACUUUGGCAGGAUGGCGAAGCAUGGCUGGAUACGCUGCGAUCCAUCUCGAACCGUGUGCAGCUGGACCUGCUUCAGGGCAAGCAUGUGGUGGUGUACACGCUGCAGCCACCGAAUUCAACGAUAUGCGCCUCGGCAGGCUUCCAUGGCCUUUUGCGGCUCGAAGCGGAUUUGCGGGCGAUGCUGAGCGAGCAAGUGGGUGUGCUUGCCGAGCAGCUGCUCGUUCGUGCUGUCAGCCCGUCUAUGAUGACCGAGAGCGGCAGUCUGGGCUUUGGCCAGCAUUCGCAGGCGCUGAGGACAUUGGCCUUCUCGGUGUACGACCAGCUACCGCGGCUGGUUCGACGUCAGCCUGCCAAGGUGCUGCAUGGCAAAGAGCCAGGGCCGAUCUCGGCGCUCGUGCAAUUUCCAGCGUUUAGUCUGUCGAGCGCGUUUGGACGUGCGUCUUCCGGGACACGAUUGGCGGGAGCUGCCGGGAGGACCCAGUUCUCGCUUAGCUGGCCACGCGAGCCAGCUGGUGUAACAGACGAGCACGUGUUGCUGCACGUCGGCUACCGCAUCUGUGAGGCUGUCAGAGGCGGAAAGGCAGCCGAGGCACGGCGCAGUGAUCGACUUUCGAGUCGCAACGGCAGCGCGGCGUCGUUGGCUGGUGCGAGCAUAUCCGAGUUGGGCCAUCUUGCCGAUGACGACGCGCCGGGACCAGCGAUGCGAGAAAAGGUGGUCAUGGUGAGCGCCAUCGACGAGCGCGGCGGAUCGAGUACGGUAGAUGCGCUCGCUGCCAACGAUGGUGAUGGAAGCAUCGAAGCAUGCGUCGAGCGCGUGUGGCGAUUCGCGCUGGCUGAAGCGAGCCGUGCGCAUUUGCAUUGGCGUCUGGUGAUCUCGAGCACAGGCUUGAUGAAGCAGUGCGAGCUGCGAGCUUGGCAGCGGCUGAUCGAUGCGUACCUGUCGUCGAGCGGAGCUCAGGAGCGGGUGAUAGCAAGCGUGGUGUUGCUGAGCGUGCGACCGGAUGAGUCGGGCGCUGUUCUGGCGGAACGAGGGGUAGGCAUCAAAGCGAGACAGGAGUGGACAGCAGCCUCCACGGCGGACAAAGGGAGCUUGAUGCUACUGGAUGCGGCGGAUCUGUCGCAGAUGGUCUGUUUUGCGGAACCGAUGCCGAUGGAAUGGACGCAAGCGUCAGGUGGGUGGGCGGCGAUUGGUGAAGAGGAUGAAGACGCCGAGCAGGAUGGGGACGAGAAGGAGGCGACAGCGAUGCCUCUGGCUUCAGCGAUUCUUGUGCAUCGCACCCGACCCGACCUUGUCGGCGGCGGUGGCAGGACGAGCACGAGUAGCGAGACGAAACACAAGCAUUGUCCGGAUGGAUUCACGCCUUACAGUCACGUUCUGGCUGUCGACAUGCUUCAAGUUUGGCGCUUGGAGGCAGCGCAGCAGACAUCAGUGCAGAACAAGGAAGCCAAAGAGGCAGAAGAAGCGUUGAGGAGCGGAGCACUGGACGGAAUCAUGCGUAGUCUGCAUCGACUGCGAUUGAUCAGCCAAGAACGACACCAGUUGCCGUGGCCGUACAACGCUCAACCGUGGUGCGUGGCCAGCGUCAAUACUUUGGCUGCAUGCUUGGACGGAAUCGUGCUCAGAGACUGA